CUGAGUCGGAAUGACGUGUUCCAUCCAGCGAACAAGGCCGCCUUCGCGUCGCAGAGUGCUCACGCCCCCCUCCCGCCCGCCCACUCGCAUCACCCCCUCCCCUUCGACGCGAUAGCUCGCUGCCCCCAUACGCGCGUUAUGUCUAUCCUUCGCGUUCUCCCGUGGACGGGCUGUCUCACGAGGGGCGGUCACCUGCUGCGCUACGUUGUGGCUGCAGAACGGUUUAUGCAUGGCGCGCUGGGUGAACUAUACAAGCGCCCAAAGAUAAAAGCUCGCUGAAUUUCUCCCUCGAUCGCCAGUCGCUCUCCUCCAUCACAGCUUAGUCUGCCUCUGCUCGAGAAAAGCUCGCACUCGCUAUUCGUCGCACUCAUCUCUCCAGCUCAAUCCUCCUUGAUUUCUGAUCAUGGCCGCCACCGCCUCCCAACCCCCUCCUCAUAAACUCAAUCCCCCCUUCCGCAUUGACCACGUCGGGUCCUUCCUCCGCGCGCCUGAGGUCCUCGCUGCGCGCAAGCAGGCCGCUGCAGGUGCUCUGUCCGCCACCGAAUUACGCGAGGUAGAGAACAAGGCGAUCGCCGAGCUUGUGAAGCAGGAGCUUGCGAACGGCGUCCGGUCCAUCACUGACGGCGAGUUCCGAAGGGCGUACUUUCACAUCGACUUCCUCAAGAACCUGGAGGGCGUAACGGUGACCGGCAGCAUUCAAUCCCAGGAGAACGAGCAUGGGUUCUCGCCACCGAAGUUGAGCGUGACGGGCAAGCUCCGCUGGGUCAAACCCAUCGAGGUCGACAACUUCAAGUACCUGCAGUCCCUCAUCGACCCAUCGACCGGCGCGAUACCCAAGAUCACCAUCCCCUCGCCGACCAUGGUGCAUUUCCGGGGAGGGCGCGCCUCCAUCGACAUCGACUCCUACCCCGACCUUGACAUCUUCUUCGCCGACCUCGCCGCCGUUUACCGCCAAGAGAUCAACACGCUCUACGAAGCCGGCUGCCGCUACAUCCAGCUCGACGACACGAACCUCGCCUAUCUGUGCGACCCCGACAUGCGCGCCGCUGCCGCGGGGCGCGGGGAGGACGUGAACGCGCUGCCCAGGCAGUACGCGGCGCUGAUCAAUGCGGUGGUGGAUGGGAGGCCGGCGGAUCUGUGCAUCGGGAUCCAUCUGUGCAGGGGGAACUAUCGGUCGAGGUGGUUCGCGCAAGGUGGUUAUGAGCCGAUUGCGGAGGUGCUGUUCCGCGAGUUGAACGUCGAUGCGUACUUCCUGGAGUGGGAGAACGAGCGAAGCGGUGGCUUCGAGCCGUUGAGAUUCCUCCCACCCUCUAAAGUCGUCGUCCUCGGCCUCAUCUCUUCCAAGGUCGCCGCCCUCGAGGACAAGGCGCACAUCCUCGCGCGCAUCCGUGAGGCGGCAAAGUACGCACCCCUCGAUCAGCUCGCGCUCAGCCCGCAGUGCGGGUUCUCGUCGACGCAGGAGGGCAAUGACCUGACCGUGGAGGAGCAGUGGGCGAAGAUGCGGUUGGUGGGGGAGAUCGUUGAGGAGGUUUGGGGGAAGAACUGAGUGGGAGGGCAGUGUGGGACUCAAAUGUAUUAUUUGUGCAUGUAUAGGGUUGAUGAGGGCAAUGUGGCCAGGCAGAACAAUAAUAAUAGGGACGUUCAACCGUCUAUUCCUGGAAGGUCGCCUGCAACGUUCGUCCUGCUGCAUAGCUUUGGCAGGGGGUGGUGCGAGAUUGAAGAUAGCAG